AAAGCUUUCGGCGAGGGAUCCAUUGGUGAAUUUUUAUAUGUUAACUUCAUGAUGAAUGAAUUUUCCUACCUGAACAUCACCAGUGUUGGACGGAAUCUUAUUCAAGAAGGAGACGAUUGCGCCUUCGCCUGUCUAAACAUCGCCUCAUGUUUCUCCUACAACAUGGCUACCUUCCCUGAUGUCAACGGAAAAUUUCUCUGUGAACUACUCCCAUCGGACAAGUAUAACAACUCAGAAAAAUUCAUCACCAGCAAGGAAUUUCAUCACUUUCAUAUUCCGGUGAGUGAAACUUCUUUUAUCUUAAACUAAAAUAAAAACAAUCUUUUUUAAAGUUCCUCUUAUAGAAGCGUUUAGUAGUUGGUCGAUGGUAAAAUUUUCUCGCUUAUAAAACUCACUAACCCUAACCAUUUACUAAAUUAUAUGAAAAAGGUGAAUUUAUUAGGGCAACAAAAUUACUGGUAAACGAGUAGUUUUUAUUGUGGUCGACAAGGUUAAGGAUCCCAACUGGCCGCAGGUAAACCAGUUAGCUUUUUACAAGCGUAUCCUAGAGAUGAACUCGAGAACAAAUCCGCUUAGUGGUUAGAGAAGAGCAGAAGAGAGAAGAUUGAACUCGGCUCUUCCGGAUCACAAUUCCAUCGCUCUAACCGCCGCUCGGCCACUCUGCUUUGAUGGCAAGAGGGAACUGAAAAUUAAUAGUUGCCUUGGUUAUUGGAACACAAGGGAAUAAAAAAGCAACAACGAAUUUCAUUAUUCUCUUUUAGGGUAGCGAGAGAAAGAUAUCACAUGAAAUUUUUAAUAGCGAGGAGAACAAACCAAUCUAGGUUUUUCAUCUCUUUUUGCGACACAUAACUGUUGAUGUCCAUAAUAUUCGCUCGAGAUGAGAAUACUAUAUUACAAUGUUAAGAGGUUUAAAGAACUGAUUAAAAAAACCAAACUUUUUCGACUUCAUCUCCAUCUUCGUAACCGUAGAUCUUAGAGAAAAUCAAGUUUUAUCCCAUUUCUAUCCCAGCCCUAUUCAUGGCCAACCACUCAGUGCUUUAAAAUUUCACUGCAGCUUUAGUUUAUUGUUUCUGGACCAUUUUCUUAUGGUCUUUUUAAUAACGCACAUUGGUGCUAAGAAAAACUGGGAAAGGCAAAAAGUCUUACAAUGCUGUAAACCUGCGACAUGCUUUUUCAGUAUGCGCCCCCUUAAUUAACUGUGGAACUCACUACCACUAAAUUUGCUCAAGACACCAUCUUUAACCAGUUUUAAUUUAAAAAAAAACUGAAAACAUAUCUUUUGGCACAAUUUUGAGAAAGUAGGUAAAUGUUUUUGUAAAACGAAUUUAAUACCUGUAAUGCAUCAUAUAUCGAGCCACUGUCUAGCCAUGAAAAUUUUAUCUCAAAAUAUUUCGAAAACGCUUUCACGGAUUUUGCUCAAACUUCACGAACUUCGAGGUAGCUAUAUUAGAGGAAAAGGAUCUCGUGAACAGUUUUGGUAAAAAAGGCCCCAGUGCCGAAAAAUACGGCUGCAAGUAUAAUAGCUAAUGAUGUCAUUUCGUUGCUAUGACAACUCCGACGUCAUAGAAACCCUAAUCAUAACAAAUUUAUCUAAUACAGCUGUGCUGAUAAUUUUUUCAAAUCUUCGUUAAUAGCAACGUAGUCUAUACGCAAACUUGGGAGGUAUUGACCCUGAAAAACCCUAUCGAGCCACCUUAAGCUUGAACAAACAUAAGCCAUUUUAAGCCAAUAUCACCUGUCUCGGUAAAACCAACAAACAGCAAGUCCUAACAAACAAAAUGUACUGUACUAAAUACUGGAUGUAAAAACAUUUAUCGUCUAAGAAAACUGUGCAUGUGAAUGUUAGGAAAAGGAGUAUAGUUUGCUUAUAUUUUUUUCACUCAGAAUAUCUGCGACACCCAUCCUUGUCUUAACAACGGAAAGUGCUAUUUUAAAUACACCGACAAAAGGUACGGAUGUGUUUGCGCAUCUGGCUACACUGGAGAAAACUGCGAGAAAGGUAAAUGUGAGCCUACUUUCAAUAAUUCAAUAGACUUGCUUACAGCUGCAGCAGAAGAACGAUGAUAAUGCUGUAAGAAACAGACUGAGGUGUUAAUCAGAAAAAACUGUUAGCUAGUGUUAGAUUUGAUAUACGACAAACGGAGCCAGCCCGUCAAAAUCGCCAGGGAAUCGAACCCCGACUCAUUGUUCUUGGUGUUGCGUCAAUAAAUAAUUGAUGGAUGAAUAAAGAAUGACGACAAAUGAUGUUAGUAGUGGUAUUAUGUCAUUUAUGUUUCAAGCGCCUUUGCGAAUCGAGUCUUAUUGAUGUUGUUGGGAGUGUUGCUUUGGGCGAGCUCUGUUUACUAGGAUUUCACCAUGGCGGUUUACCAGGAAAUAAAACAUUAUGAAAUAAAAUGAAGCUUUAUUAAAAGGGACAAUCUUUUAUGCAAGGUUUUAACUUACGCGUAGAAUGAAAAUGACUCAUUGACUCAUUGAUAAAUGCACUAUUCCUUUGUCAAUGGGCUCCCUCUGUGGAGCGUGAUCCAGGAGCGAGGGACUGGUGCGAGCAGUUUCCCAAAGUUUCCUUCUACAGUAGAUGACUAGAUUAUGAUACAGAUGAAUAAUUUUUUGUAUGGUGACAUACACUUUAAAUAAUUGUAUCAUUUAAUUUCGUGUUUUCGUCUGUUGAGUUUGAUUUAAGCUUCUCUUGAAGCGUUCUGUAUGCAAACCCUAUGCAAGAUCACGAAACUGACAAUGAGAUCACAGAUCAAACUGUCAAAAAUCAUUUUGUUGUUACAGAUAUCGAUGAAUGUGACGAUGGAGUCCAUGAUUGCCUUCCUAGUGUGGCUUCCUGUGUGAAUACAUUGGGUUCGUUUAAUUGCUCCUGUAACCACGGAUACAUAGGUGAUGGAAAGACAAACUGCACAGUGAAUUCAUCAGGUAAAAUCCUAUUAAAACGUUUUUUAGUUAUGUUUAAAGUACGUAUCAUUAAGGCAGUUACAGUAAUAUUUUGUACAAUAGCAAAAGUAAUUAAUCAACUAUAAACUUCAAAUUUUUACUCGAUAUAAACACAGUUGGUAGAGGAGAUAUGACUGCGUGAUAUGUACACGGGUGGCCCAAGCGUAAUAUGAGAGUUUGUUUGGGAAAUAAAACGCGUUAAUUUUAAGCGAACUUAACAGGUGAAAGUUAUCAGCAUAAAUAUUGUUACCUGGUGUCGCUGUGUUUUAUUCUACGAAGUUCCAGCGCGAUUGGAUCAGUAUAACAUCAUCUGACCUGAUUGUGUUUUAGUUAUACUGCGGGAUGUUAUACAAAUCAAAUCGCGCUAAAACUUCGGAGAAAGAAACACAACAACACCAUGUAACAAUAUUUAUACUUUAUUUAUAACUUUUAACCGUUUUAGCUCAUUUAUUCGAAGUAAGGUUUAUUUCUAGUAGAAACUCUCAUAUAAUAUUUUGAUCAUUUGGGUAUAAACAUGUUCACAAUUGCGUUUACAAGAACGAUCGUGACGAACUAAUAUUUAAUGUAUCUGACCACUUUCGAAUAAUGUGUUUAAUACCCGGUUUGGAAUUUAUGUGCGUCUUGAUAGCUAUUGUUUCGGAAUAAUCGAUUUGCACACAACAAUAUGGCAAAAUGUGGAUCCAUAAAUUUCUAUUUGUUAUUGGUUUUGGAUUUGUUCCUAUCUUUGAUAUGAAGGCUCUCGUCAAUGACUCGGUGCAAUGACUUUAUCCCUGACUCAGUUUGAGACAGUUGUCUGUUAGUAUUUGCCACGUUCUUCAAGUAUGAAUAUAAAACACUAUUGUGAUAACUUACUAUUCAGAUUUAUCGUUAUUAUUGUCAGAAAACAGGAAAGGGUUGUCUCAAUGUUAUAUCACAUAUUGGGACUUUGGGUAAUCGGCUCCUGUUAUUGUUCAUUAACAUACUUAAAACAUGUAAAAUGUAGGGCUGUUGAACCGUGAUAUGAGGGCCUCAAUGAGGUGGGGGUAUUUAAGGUGAACGGUCAAUAUUUCAGUUUUUCUGUGCCUGGCGGUUAAUAAUUCUUUCCGUUUUUCAGGGGCACCCGAAGGCAAUUUUCGGAAAAUAUCUGUCCGGAAGACGAUUUGAGAUCUAGAAUUUUCGGAACACUUGUUGUAAAAUUUCUUGCUUGCCUGCCUCUCCUAGGAUUUUCGAACAUCUACAAAAUGGUAUAAUUACCCAUUUUUAACGGAUUUUUACCCUGAAAAAAGGCCACCUAGAAUUUUCGGGAGCUUUUUCCUGGCUGAAAUUUUAGAACAGGUAAGUUUUGACCCCUAUAAUUUUCGGAUCACUAGACUUUCAGCUAUAUACACUGUAUAUAGGAAAUCCGAACAGAUGAAAAGUUUUUAGGGGAUAAAAAUAUGCCUAUAUCUACCUUUUAAAUACUAAAAUACGUUCAACAAUGCUACGGUUAAGUGGUUUUGAACUAUAUCCUCGUUGGGUGCCCCUAGUUUUUAAACAGACAUCUGAAGAAAAAAAGUUUCUACCAUGGGAAGCCUCUAAGGACUCUCCGGGAUGGGAAUAAAAAAGGCUGAAAUACUGGGUCCAUCAGCCACGAAACAAGACCAAGACAAGGCACAAAAUUCUAACAAGCAAUAUUAUAUGGCUGAAUCCGCAUGCGGGAAAGAUGAAGCGCAUUCUGUGUUCUGAUUGGCUACCCUAGCGGGCAAGAUGAGCCUAACUUGCCUGCUCAGGAUUUCCCGCGUUCGUCCCGCAAGAACAAUUAUCUUAUUGACCAAGCUUGUUCGGUCAAGUUGGCUGGAUAUUAAUCUCGUUCUCGUUUGCGUUAUUAUUGACUUCGAAUUCGUCUCAGUUCACAAAAGUGCAUAAAGAACUUGGUCAAUAACGCAUAUGUAUUGACAAUCCCUACAAAUUCGCAAAUUGUGGGUAGAAGAAUAUUUAUGGCUAACUUUUGUGACGAGUACAGGUUUCUAAUCAAUAAAUUUAUUAUUUUAAUUUAUUUAUUAGAAUGUUAUAACUUCACAUCUCUGACCGAUGCCGACAGGAAACCAUUAUUUCCUCUGGUCGAAACCGCUAAAAAAGACACGAAUCUCGGUCCAGGAUGGUUUCGUUUCCAAGGCGACGCAGGUAAUAUGAUGACUACUUCAUGUCCGUCUAUAAGGAAGUGUAACACCCAUGCAACCGGCUGGUUAAAUGGUACACAUCCUGACGUAGCCGAUGGUAUUGUCACAAGACAAGUCUGUUUUAGUUACAUUGCAGGAUGUUGUGAGUGGCAAACCCAAAUCCAAGUGAGGAAUUGCAGUGAAUACAUUGUAUACUAUCUUCACAGUACACCA